GCAAGUUGAGGGAAAUGACACUAGAUACCAGACCGGUGUCUGCUGAUCAUCAGGAAUAGAAGACGGGAGGUUCGAUGGACGCGUCCGUGUGAAAAAAAGAUCCUCAAUUCCUCGGACAAUAACGACUUGACAGCGAUGCUAAAAGUCCACAACGUGAUAAACCAGUUGAUUAAAAAAUAUCCAGGAAAUACCCCUGAUCAUCUGGCGUGUCGUGUACCUCCCGUCUUCUAUGGUGUACUCCAUCCAUCCCCAGUGACAGGUAUAACCCUUUCCAAUAUAAAUUAUCCACUGCGUCGUUUGUGUUAUUUUGGCGAUAAACCGGUGAUUGGCAACAAUUGACAAUGGCAAUUUUGCCACCCGAUCCGGUCUAUGUUUUUCGAGGAGAUAUGGGUCCUGUUCACAGUCUCCUCUUCAGAAUUUCACCUUACAUUGAGCAUUUGUAUGCCGGGACUGAGAGUGGAAACGUUCAUAUCUGGGACUUGAAGAAACACCGACAGACAUCAAAACUGAAAAUAAGCGAUACUAACAAGGAGCAGUGCCUUUCGCUGCACACCCUUGGUGAUGAAUACCUGAUUGUACAAAGAAAAGGUGGAGGUGUAGAUUUAUGGAGUGCUGAUGGCUCAAACUGGAUUUUCGAAAAGAGAAUUGACACCGAGUAUCAUGGAUUUUGCAGAUCACAGAUUUUGUCUGAUGAUCUCGUUCUCCUGCCACUUCCAAGCUCCAAGGUGGGGAUUUUCUCGUUGAAGAGUAACAGCAUUGUGAAUAAACUGGAUCCAUCCCAGAUCUCUCUGGAGAAACCAUUGGGUGAAGUGAUGGCUAUAAAAAAUUGCGGUCUCCAGGAUAAUAUUAUUCUUGUUGCUUACGAGAGUGGUACCAUAGCAGCUUGGAACGUCAAGGGGAUGGCUGUGAACAGUCGGCUUGAGACUGAAACCUGCCCAAUGGCGAUGACAUUCGAUAAUUACUGGAUGAGAGGAAUUAUUGGUAAUCCGACUGAUAAAUUAGAGGUUUUCCAACUCUCAAAAACUGAUCAACUCAUCCACAAGACGACAAUCUCAUUAAAAAAUGCUGGUAUAUCAGUUAUUGCAUCACGACAAGAUUCGAAAGUUUUUUCAUCAGGCGGUUCGGAUGGCAGAGUCCGUAUAUUUUCCUGGAAAACCCUGCGACCAUUGGCUGUACUAGAUCAACACAGAUCGACUAUUUUUGAUAUUAUUUAUUCAAUGGAGAAGGUUGAGUCGCACAACAACAAGAACUUGAUGGCAGCAACUGGAAAAGAUGGGACUGUGUCACUGUGGGAUCUCUACAAUCAGUGACUCAAUGAAAUAUUGUAAUGAAUUUUUUUUCCCGAAACCAACGCGAAAUCGAUGAAUCACGAAACUGUAUCUGAUUAUUGUUUUGUAUGUAAAGAGAGAAUAAUACAAUUGCUUUCAAGCA